GCUAGAGCUAUUCCGUCUGGAGGGGCAAGGCAAACACGCAUUUGGGCGACUCGAUGACACGCAUCUGAAUCCGUUUCGUCUCGUGCAUCAAACCUGGCUACAAUGGCAACUACCUUGACGUCGCGAGACGAGCCCAAAGCCGCAGAGUACGCUGGAGAUGAAGUCGCUGCCUUGGUGCUCGACCCAGGCUACUCCAGCGUGCGCGCCGGCUUUGCGGGCGAAGAUACUCCCAAGUCGAUUGUCCCUACGUUCUACGCCUCGACCGGUUCAACCCGAUAUUUUGGGGACCACGCAAUCGAUUUGCCGCGUGAAGAUGUCGAGAUCAAAAAUCCCAUGGGAAGAGACGGCAUUGUGGAAGACUGGGAUGCAGCCGAGGCGCUGUGGAAGUUUUCGUUCGCGCACAAACUGACGGGCGUGCGACCGAACCGGGCACUCCAAGAUUGGCUCAAUGACCCGACGGCGGUACCAGACCUCCAGAAGGCAAUGGCAGAUGCGGUCGACACGGAGCGGUGCCUGGAAGAUCACCCCCUCUUCAUGACCGAACCUUCGUGGAAUCCUACAAAGGCGCGAGAAAAGUGCGUGGAGAUUGCGCUGGAGUCCUGGUCAGCGCCAGCAUUCUACCUUGGAAGGGCUGGUGUGAUGGGCGCGUUUGCCGCGGGUAGGCCCACUGCGCUGGUGCUGGAUUUUGGCGCGUCCCAGGUUUCAGUCACGCCGGUGCAUGAUGGCAUGAUUUUGAAGAAGGGUAUCAUGCGGUCGAACAUCGGAGGAAACUUCCUAUCGUCGCAGGUGCGCAACAUGCUCGAAGCCAACGAGCCAGACCCGAUAACCAUCACGCCCCAUUAUCUUGUUCAGUCGAAACAGCCUGUGGAUGCUGGCCAGCCGGCCAAUGCGGUGUUGAAGCAAUUCCCAGAAGGGUUCCAACCGCCACGACCAUCGUUCCGACGCUAUCAGGAAGAGAAGGUCGUUCUCGAAUUCAAGGAGAUCGCGCUGCAGGCAUGGACGAAUCCCAACACGCCAUUUCGAGGACAGGGCGAAAUGAUAGCGCGGGAGCAACAAUACGCGCAUCCCUUUGAGUUCCCCGACGGGUAUAACCAGACAUUUUCGUCUGAACGAUUCAGACUGGUGGAGUCAAUAUUCGACCCGCAGUGCUACUAUGCACCCCCGUCCGAGUCCGAGGAAGCUCAACUGUACCCAGCCCCCGACGCGCAGGGCACAGUGACAGGGCUGGUCAAGGCCAGCCUUAACCAGGUGGACGUGGACAUCCGACCGUUUUUGCUUGGCAAUGUGGUCCUGACGGGAGCAGGAUCGCUCAUCCGGGGGUUACCAGACCGGAUCCAGCAGGAGUUGACCAAGCAAUAUCCCAGUACGCGAGUGCGAAUUCAAGCCUCGGGAAUGCCGGUGGAACGCAAGUUUGGAAGCUGGAUUGGAGGCAGCAUCGUGGCCAGUCUAGGCACAUUCCAUCAGAUGUGGAUAUCCAAGAAGGAGUAUGAAGAACAUGGGGCCAGCAUUGUGGAAAAGCGCUGCAAGUGAGGAGGGAGGACCAGGGCACACGGAAGGGACAACUCUGCGAUACUGGGCCGCGUCGUGCAAGCCCGACGAAAGCGUCCAGGUGCAUGAAACUACUGAUUCAGGCUCGGAGAAUUGGGGUUUGCGACCUGCUGAGUAAAUGACUCGGGGAGGUUCACAGCGCAAUAUGGGAUCACGCGGGAUGCGACCAUUGCGGAAAUCCAGUGGAAGCGAGGUUAGGGAAAAAUGUAAACAAAGCCGUCGGGAAGCGUGGGGGGAUGUGCAAAGCCUGCUUUGGUGAGCGGCUCCGAACACUGGGAGGAUGCCAGCGUCCUGGAGAGCGGGUGAACGGCACAUGAUAGACGAGAGUCGAGGGCAAGGAGAAUGGUUCAGGCACCAAAACGGGCAUCGGCGAUGUGUCCAGGGCGAGGGAAUUGGGAAGCAAGCUGGGCUGAGCCAACCGGAUGGUGAAGCGAGGGCGGUGAAGGACGGAGACAAAGUCGGCACUGCUGGAGAGGCCCAGAUGGAUGGCACCCAAGAAGCGAACUGAUGAAGCAAUUGGGCCAGACACGCCGCCGUGUACAGCAGAGGGGCGAUUGUGUAACCUGUCAGCAUGUGCGGCACAUGCACCACCUGCAGGCCGUCUGCACCUGAACCAGAAACUCGGGUCGGCCAUGGAAACAAUAAUACAGUAGCUAAAUCAGAGGGUCCCGAGGUCUGCAGAUGGUCCGCACGACGUGCCUGUGCAUGAUGAGUCUGGGUCUGGUGACACCUGCGACACGGGGGGGUGCUUAGGCAAGGAGGGCUAAGUGCAUACCUAGGUCUAGGUAUUAUGUAGGAGCAUCAGUUAGGUACGCAAAUGAACUGUUAGGUGGAAAGCGGGG